AUGUCGUUUGUGAAAGCUGAUUUGGGUGUGGAUGCACUGACAUGCAAAUGCGGCCUUCGAUCUCCAUUAAGAACCUCUUGGACGACUGCAAAUCCUGGGAGGCGCUUCUUUGGAUGUUCCAUGUAUGAUGCACAGAAGGAAGAGGUUAUACAACUUAGAGCACGGAAGAGGCAGCUUACUCAAAUGUUGCUAUUUUUGACAGUUGUGUUUUUUGCUUUUGUGGGAGUAUGGUUGAUGGGGGUGCUUGUAAUGUUUUUAUCUUUUUGUAAUGGUAGUGUGUUUGUGAAGGAAGUAUUUGUAAUGGUACAUUCGGCUUUGGCAUUUUUGGAUGGUUGA